GUGUGGGCCACCUCAUCUGGUGAGGAAAACAAAAUUUCUAAACUUAAUCCCUCUCCAUCUGGGAGAAUAAAACUAAAGCAAAAGUCAGAAAGAAAAAUGUUUAUAAAUGUUCAAAAACACAUACUAAAAAAUACAUAUGAUGACACCCUCUUUCUGUUCUUAAAGGUGAAAAAUAAAAGAACAAAACUGAAAAUCUUUAGAUAUAAUCUGAAUUUGGGGAUUCAAUUUUUUUAAGUCAGUGACUGUGGGCAGGAGUGUGUCCCUGGCCUGAGGGGGUGCCACUGUGGUGGAUUCCUGGAGAAGGUUUUCAGUACUUUGAAUAAUCCCCUUUGGUCGCUUUUCCCUCCCCCACAACCAUCAAUUUUUUUUAAGUCAGUAACCCUGGUCAAGACUCUAAAUGUUUGUUUAUGAAGAUUAGAGAAGGGAUUACAUCAAAAUUUUCUACCUGGAAACUAAUUACCCACACAUCCAAACCACUCACACUAAUCUAAUCGCCCAUGCUAAUCUAAUUACCUACACUAAUUACCUAACACUGAUUGGAAACACCCUAAAUGCAAUCAAGGAAGAAGUGGGUGUGGUCUUCAGGGACUCAAUAAAAGUGCACUCCAGGAGACCAGCUCAUUCUUCCCUGAGUAGAGUUUGAAGCUCACCUGGCUGAAUGACUUCAAAAUCGAUCCCCUCCACACCUUGAGAGCCUGAUCCUGAAGAUUAAUUCAUAGUUUCAAUUCUGUAGCAAGAACUGCUGAAACCAUAGAGUAAUUCUUAAGAAUAAUGGAUUCAGAAAUACCACAAGUGUUCCAGAAAGAACUCACUUGCUCUGUCUGCCUGAAGUACCUUAUAUACCCAGUCACCAUAGGCUGUGGGCACAGCUUUUGUUGGCCCUGUUUCUUUGUUCCCUGGGGACAAGCCCAAAUUCUUGCCUGUUGCCCUGUGUGCAGGGAGCCAUCACAGCAGGGAGAUGUCAAAAACAAUAUUCUUCUGAAGAAUCUUACAUCAAUCGCAAGGCAGGCUCACCUCAGGCAAUUCCUGAGCUCUGAGAAAAAUAUAUGUGUGACCCACCAGCAGACAAAGAAGAUUUUCUGUGAGGAGAACAAGAACCUGCUCUGUUGGCUCUGCUGCAACCCUCAGGAGCACAGGGCUCACAACCACCCUUCAGUGGAAAGGGCUGCUGAGGAAUACCAGGAGAAGCUCCUAAAGCAAAUAAGAUCAUUACGGGAAAAGAUCCAAGUAAAUCAAAGAAAUAUAGAUGAAGAGAACAAAAUAAUCAGUCCAUGGAUCUACUAUGUGUAUCUCAGGGAAGAGCUGAUCAGGGCUGAGUACAGGAAACUACAUCCAGUUCUUCAUGAGGAGGAAAAUCGACAUCUAGACAUUCUUAGAAAGGAAAGCAAAAGAAUUUUAGAGGAACUCAAAAAAAGUGAAGCCAAUAUGGUUCAAAAGAAGAAAGACUUAAGAGAAAUAUAUGAGGAGCUGGUGAAAAUGUCCCAUAAACCAUAUGUGGAGCUGCUCCAGGACUUGGGAGACCUAUUGGCCAGGAGUGAAUCAGUGCAGCUGCACUUGCCUCAGCCUAUAAAGCCAGCACUUCCUGCCCAGACCAUCACUGGACUGAUAGACAGGCUCAAGUGUUUCCAAGUGGAGAUAUCCUUUGAAAAUACAGUGUCCAGUGAUAACCUCAAGCUAUUUGAUGAUGUGAGAAGUUUGAGAUUUGGGCACGUCCUUCCAGACUUAUCUUUGAAUUCUGAUGGAAUUAAAUAUUUUGCUGCAUGGGGAACAGAGACUUUCAACUCUGGGAAACUGUACUGGGAAUUAGAUAUGAAAGAUCCUUUGGACUGGGCUGUAGGAGUCUGUAAGGAUUCCUGGAUAAGAAGGAAUGGCACAGUGAUUGAAUCCGAAGACGUGUUUCUUCUCCUUUUUGUCAAGGAAGAUGAUGGCCAUAGUCUUUUGACAACCUCCCCAAUGCUUUCUCACUAUAUAGAGAAGCCUCAGGGCCGGGUUGGUGUGUUUCUUGAUUUUGAGAGUGAAAGUGUGAGUUUUGUGAACGUUGCCAAGAGUUCUCUUAUAUGGCGGUACCCUUCAGGCUCUUUGAAUUUCCCAGUCAGGCCUUUUGUUCACACUGGCCACAAGUGAACAGGGAUAUGUCUGGAACUCUAUGCCUGGGGAAUUUACAUUUCAGGAAGCCCUUCCUUGUUGAAGUUUACAAUACUGUACUUUAGUGCUUUUUAAGUAAUUUGUACUUGAUCCAGACAUGGUGGCACAUGCCUAUUAAUUCACACAAUUUGGUUAAUUUGGGAGUCUGAUGUAGAAGGACUUCAAGUUUGAGGCCAGCCUGGGCAACUUAGCAAGACCCUGUCUCAAAAUAAUUAAAAAUUAUAAUAAUAAUAAGAAGAAAUAAAAGGUCUGGGAAUGUAGUUCUUUGGUAGAAUACCCCUGGGUUUAAUACCCAAUGAAAAAAUAAAAAUGGCAUUUUGUUGAAUAUAACUUUCUUUUUAAAUAUAAAGACAGUGUAAAUUACCAAAUUGCGUUGACUCAAUUUUUUUUUUCUUCUAAUGAUGGUCAUCUUUUGUGGAACAUAAAAUUAUUGGCAAACUAUGUGUUCCAGAUGCACUACAUGCUGUGACUGCUUACAUGUUUUGUGAAUUUGUCAGAUUUAAGAUUGCAUAAUUUUAUGAUUUAAGCUGAAUGACAUUUUUUAGGAUGGAUUUUUAUAUCAUUCUCUGCAAUAAACAUUAUUUUGAUGUUUUCA